CCUCCUACACAGCUCACUAAGUAACAGCUGAAGAAAGCAAAGUGGUUGCGAUCUAAUCCCAGGGCGAAAAAAGGAAGCCUCCCAAUGGCUGCCUGAGUUCUGGCCUGGGCUUCUUUUUAUAAAACAGGGCCUGGAUCUUGGGAGGCCUUUCUGUGGUACUUUGGAAUGUCACUUUUAAGAUUUUUCCCUCACCGCCUUGUCUCCUCUUUCUCCUUUUAAGUCUCUCUGUGUCUAGCCAUUCUCAUUUUUUUUACUGCCUUGCCUCAGGGGGAAAAAAUACAAUUUCAGGUGUCGUAUUUGACGUUAUUGAUCAUUUACUUUUCAAAACUUUGCAUUGUUUUUGUCCUGCCAUUGCCUUACACGUAACUAGUUAGGAUAGUUGGACAGUAAACAGGGAGGCUUUGUCCUCGUCAAGGCUGGCCCAGGAGAGUUUGCUAAUUGGGAGAAAGGGCACCACGCCCUACUUCAAGUAGCAGGGAACCUGUGGGCCUCCAGAUGGUAAGGAGCUACUACUACCAUCACCUCUCACCAUUCGCCAGACUGACUAGGAACGUUAGAAAUCACAGGAAGAAAAAGGCUGAAUAAUGUUGAGACCAAUCAAAAAAAUAGUACCUCGAAAUGAGCAGGCUGACGAGGCUGCCUACUUAGCCCACUUGGCAGCGCAAAGAAACGCUAGUGCCUUCUUUGAGAAAUAUGAACGAAAUGAGCUUCAGGAAUUGCUUACCACUUCGUUCUGUAGCUGGCUGGCAUCCAAAGAUGAUCUGCGUCACCCGUUGGACCUUCCCAGUGGACUUAUGGGCGAGAUGGAAACCAUCAAUGUUCAGACAGUUAUUUUGCUUGCCCCAGCUGAGCCAGGACUUGAUUUGGACUGUCGAGAAAUCCACCAGAUGAUCAGAGAAUUGUCCGUUGGGAUUUAUUGCUUAAACCAAAUCCCUUCUAUCAGUUUGGAUGCCAAUUAUGAUCAGAGCACUUCUUGUUCUCUCCCUCCAGCAUACUUUGACACAAGAAUAGGGCAAAUGUUAAUAGCUGUGGACUACAUGCUGAAAGCUUUGUGGCAUGGGGCCUACAUGCCCAAGGAAAAGCGAGUCAGAUUCUCUGAACUGUGGCGUUCUAGCAUGGAUAUUGAUGCAGAUGGUACCCCACAAACAGAAAAAACAGCGGGUGCAGAGUUUUGUCAAGCUGGUCUAGUUGAUAUUUCCAGAGAUCCAGAUUUCCGAGGAAUCUAUGAUGAAAACCUGAAUGAAGAUCCAACCUAUGACCCUAACAGCUCAGAAGAAAAAGGAUUCUUCAUGCAGUUUGUGGACUAUAUGCUUCUCAAACUGACGUUUGCUACCACAGAGGUUCAGCAGUAUGAAAACGUAUUCACUUUUGAUGCAAAGUAUAACCUUUCUAGUGCUAUAAGAAUGACUGAAGACCGCCUUGAUACUCUUUCGUACCAAAGGCUACAGCAGAGGUUAGGACUUCAACAAAAACUUGUGAAGAAGUACCUAGAACAAAAGGCUGAAAUCCGAAAGUACAUAGCAUACCUAAAGCUGAUGAGUUUUCUUAUUCCGUUUAUCAUUGGCAUGAAAAGAAAGAACAAGGUUCCAAACUUGAAUCGGCUGCUUCAGCCAUAUUCAGAUGACAAAGUUAAAACUGAACGUGAACUGCCUCCACUAUUGCUUGGAACAGAUUUUAAGUGCCAGCAUUUUGUGUAUGGUCAGAAUCAAUAUUUCCAUCUCCAUGGUGGCAUUGAAUUUGAUAUUGGCACUCCUUCCGUUGAAGAUGUCUCACAAAAUAUUAAGGAUGCCUAUAAUGAAAUGCAUACAUGUGUAACAAGCCAUCUUGCUCAAUUGCUUGACCCCGAAGCACCUUACAGAGAACAUUACCCCAUACCAAUAAUGGAUUUUCAUGGAAAGAGCUAUUAUGUAAUCGGCAUUGAACUUGAACCUUUUUAUCUGCUUUUUAAGACCCAGUGGUGGGGAGCCAUAAAUGAAGUAAUAAGCACCCUUAAACCCAAAAGGCUUCCAUUAACUGAUGUUCAAGCGAUGGAGCAAUUCAAGAAAAGAUUUGGUUACAAGAAAGCAAUUAAAUGUAAGAGUCUCUCAUUCGGCAUGAAAGCUGCUGCUGAACGAGGUCUGGCAGCCAUCUUCCUUACGUUCUGUCGCAAGACAUCUAUCUCCAGUCUUGGUUCGACGGAUGAAAACGGUUAUGGUCUGAUCCACCAUGCCGCUCUCUACAACCGCGUGGCAAUUAUAUGUCAGGUGGUGAAAUCACCAGUGACUAUGAAUCAGAGGCGCACCAUACUGAUUUCACAAGGAAAACGUUCCCAAAAAACGGAGACAAAAGUUUCAGGUCUUUCAGAAAAGGAUAGCCCGUGGGAAGGAGGUGCUUUUGGCCCGACUGCUUUGCAUCUGGCCGCUCAGUGCGGUUCCUUGGAAGCCCUUCAUUACCUCCUGGCGUUCAAAGCAGACUACCGACUGCCCGAUGAUCGAGGAUGGAUGCCUAUACAUUUUGCUGCUUUCUAUGACAACGUGGCCUGUAUCACCGUUCUUUACCGAAAAAACCCAGAGCUGCUGGAGGCCGAAACUCGAGCUGAAUUUCAUUCCACCCCACUUUUGCUUGCAGCUACAUCUGGAGCAUUAGAUGCUAUCCAGUAUUUAUUUUCUCUCAAAGCCAACUGGCUGAAGAAAGAUAGCAAAGGAAAUAACAUCAUUCACUUGGCGGUGCUGAACUUUCAUACAGAAGUUCUGAAACAUCUGAUUGAGCUGCAUAAUCCUGAUCUGCCAGUUUGGAAAACUCUUGUGGGUAUGUUGGAUUGUGAAGCCUAUAAGAGGAAAGAAAUGGCAAUACGAUGUCUAGAAGUACUUUGUCUUGCCAAGGAUAACUACUGGCAGUGCAUUUUGGAUGCAGGUACUAUACCUUCAUUGACUGGCUUGUUAGAAACUGAUGACAUCCUGCUAGAGAGCAUCACCAUAGGAGUGUUGAGUAACAUCUCAACCCAUGACUCAAUCGCUAGAGCCUUUGUAGAAGCAGGAGGUAUUUCGGUGCUCAUUAAGCUGUUGGCCACGGAUGAACCUGAACUGCUGUCUCGUUGUGCUGUCGUUUUAUAUGACGUUGCCCAGUUGGAUGAUAACCAGGUCAUCAUUGCUGAAUUGGGUGCAAUUCCAGCUCUUGUUAAUCUGUUGCAGUACAACAUAGAAGAUCUGCUAGUGAAUGUAAUAAAUUGUAUUCGAGUAUUAUGCACUAAAAACAAAGCCAAUCAACUGAGAGUGAAGGAAGCUAUGGGCAUUGAGCCACUUGUUGACUUCUUAGAUUCAGAUUCAGAUGUGCUCCUGGCAGUGGCUUCGGCUGCGAUUGCAGAACUUUCCCGUGGGAAUGCCAAGAUGCAGAACGCUUUUGCCAAGGCCCAGGUCAUCCACCCUCUGGUGGAGCUUCUCAGAGGAAGGAAAAUCAGUGUCCAGGUGAAAGGAGCGAUGGCCAUUGAGGCGCUCUGUGAAAAAAACACUUACAUCCAGAUGAGAUUUCUUGCCAAGUCGGUGACAAAAUUCCUUCUGAAGCUCCUGAAGGCUUUUCACCUGAAAGUUAAAGAACAAGGUGCUGCGACCCUCUGGGCACUGGCAGGACAAACUCUGAAACAGCAGAAGUUCAUGGCAGAACAAAUUGGAUACAACCUUAUUAUUGACAUGCUUCUCUCACCCUCUGACAGAAUGCAGUGUGUUGGAGGUGAAGCCGUCAUAGCGCUCAGCAAGGACAGUGAACUCCACCAGAAUCAAAUAUGCGAAGGGAACGGCAUUGCCCCUUUGGUCCGGCUGUUAAGGAGUGGAAGGAUAGCAGAGGGCACACUGCUCAGCGUCAUCAGAGCCUUGGGGACCAUGUGUGUCGGAGAAGCAAACAUAAGCAAUCCAGUCAGUCAAGAGAAUGUGGUGGAUGAAGGGGCCUUGCCGAUACUGGUUCAUUUACUCAAAACUCAUCAUUCUCUUCAGAUAAAAGUUGAAGUUGCAUUUUCUUUGGCUUGCAUUGUUUUAAAGAACAGUAACCUGCAGAAUGUUCUACAAGAGAAGGAACAUUUUACUUAUUCUGAUGUCCUUGGACUUCUUUAUGCACCAGAUAAGGAUAUCUGUUUACGAGCAGGAUAUGCAAUAGCUCUUUUUGCAUAUAAUAAUCCCACCCAACAGUUACUGAUUUUAGAGACUGGACCAAUAUCACUGUCUAUAUUUGAACCUUUUCUGCUAUCAGAUGUGGAGACAGAUAGAGCAAUGGCAGCGUUUCAGAUUGUUGUAUUAGCCAGGAUUAUAGUUGACAUGGACCAAGUCAGUUUGUCUGCUAGAGGAAUUUCUAUUUUGGUUGAGCUGCUGUGUUCAGAGGAGACAGCCACCCUCGUGGUAACAGGAAAGUUAUUGGCUAGCUUGGCUCACACAAGAGCAGGUAUUCCAGAAGCAAUUACGAGUUUGGGAACUGUCCAGCGGCUUUGCUAUCAUUUAUAUGCAAAGGAAGACGAGGUUCGUACAGCUAUGGCAAGCGCUCUGGGAUAUUUAACAUUCAACCGAACAGCAUACCGCCAUCUGCUGGUUCAAUGUAGGAACAAGCCCAAGUUCUUCAAGAGACUAAUCACGAAUCUGAGCAAAGAUGCAAGAAUCAAUCCAGAAUUUGUGAAGGAAUUUAAGAGGCAAAAAAAAAUUGGGCUCCCAUCUCUCAGUUUGGAGAUAAAUGGAGGACCACCUGCAGUUCCCGUACAUAUACGAGAUCGAUCACGGAGUACUGGUGUCAAAAUAUACAAAUCAAAAUGUCAUCCAAAGGAUUCCCUCUUUCUGGUGCCCACGACAGCUCAUCUAAUGGGAAGAGUAAAGAUGCUGGAAAAGCCCCGGGUUCCAGCCUCUGGGCACUAUCCAUUUCCACACGUUACAACAUCAGACCUCAUUCAAGUUUCAAGACCAAGAAUUGUGAAUGUCUCUAAUCUCCACCAUUUGUCACACAAGAAAUCUUAACUAUCGUGGUUAUGGUGCAGUAGGAAAGAAAAACAGGAAGUGCUGCUAACCCUUAGCACACUAUCAUAAGUAUCACUGCUGCUCCACAACAGUUUUGCACAAAGAUGGAAGAAGAAAAUCUGUCUUAUUGAUAAUGCAAGUAUUUGCUGAAGUGAUAGGGAAUAAAAGCACUGGCAAUUGCAUGUAAUUAUUUGUGUCUGAAAAGCGACUUAGGUGUUGUAUUGGAAAUGAUCAAACAAAACUUCUUGCAUAGCAUGCAGUGCUACCUAUAGAAAUCGUCUUAUUAGCAUAUAAUGAUGACAUUCUUUAUUGUGUUUUAGGAUGCAGACCUAAGCAGUUUACUAGGAAAUGAGACCCUAAUGGAGUCUGUGUGCUGCGUACCUCUGAGUGAUAUACUGAGACUACACACUGAGCAACUCUGCAUUAAAAAUCAGCACGGUCAAUACAGGAAAAUCAUCAAAUCAGUUUUGCCCUCUUCUAAAUAGUGUUGCAAUACAAAAGUGUGCCAUUUACCUGUUAGAAGACAAUGCAUGUGCACCAGAUGUAUAAAACCAAAGUUAACAUAGGAUUCUGAUUAACUGUCCCAUGAUACAGAUGUAAAGGCUUGCAGCAGAAUCCAGGGAAAGUUAAGCAACUUUAAGGAUAAUUGAUUUCAAUGGGAGAAACCCAUAUGCAUCCUUAACUGGUGAAACGAACUGGACUUUAAAAGUGCCAGAUGACCCUAGAUUGCAUCUUGACAAUCCCAACUUUCACUUUUUUAACUGGUAGAGUACGAUAUUCAAGAGGAGUCACUUAAAAUAAUCACAUAACAAUAUAUUUUGUACUUUUUCUGUGUGGCCUGAAGGGUCAAGCUGGAAAUGGAGAAUUGUGUAAAGAACUAUUUCUGCUCUCUCCUUCUCAAUUUGUGGCAUCCUGUAGAAGUUUCCUACUCCCCACGUUAGUAUUUAAACUGAAAAUGAUGGAUUAUGAUGGACAUACAGUGGUGCCCUGCAUAGCGAUGACAAUCCGUGCAGCAAAAAUCGCUGUAAAGUGAUU